GCCGUCGCUGUUUCAAGACAUACAUGAUCAACGACCGAGAAGCAAUAGUUUCCUCGUGUAGCUCGCUGGAACACCACAGACGUUAGCUGCAACUGUCUGUCCCUCCUUUUUGCUGCAGCAAGCGCCGGCUGGCCCGCCGGCCAGCUUGGCCCUAACUGGUGGAAUGCAUGCUUUAAGCUAUCGUUAGACGCCAGCACAGGCGUCGUCAGUGCGGCUGUGACCGCGCAUUUGCGCAAGCGCAGGACAGGGGCAAGCAGAACAUCGGGCGCGGCGAGAUGCCGCUCUCGGGCGCGAGCAGCUUCUCGGCUGGACGGGCUGGGAUCUUGCCGCAGCCGCUGGGUCGGCUCCAAAAGGUCCUAGUCAUUGGCGCAGGUGUAUCGGGCCUGCAGACAGCCCGCCAGCUGCUAAAGCUCGGUGUGCAGGUGCUGCUGCUGGAAGCAAACAGCGAGAUUGGCGGCGUCUGGUGCAGCAACUACGUCGGAUAUGGCCUGCAGGUGCCAUGGAAGCUUUACGAGUUCGCGGAGUUUCCGUGGCCGGACCACCCCGCGAAUGACUACCCCACUGGCCAGGAGGUCCACGACUACGUGUUGGCAUACGCGCAGCACUUUGACCUGCUGCGACACGUGCGCCUGAACUCCAAGCUGCUGCGGCUGCGCUGGGAUGAGGAGUCGCGCACAUGGGGCGCUGUGUACAUGGACACCACCACCAGCAAGUUCUACAAGCUGAGUGCGGACUACGUGGUGGUCUGCACCGGCAUCUACUCCAACCCCUACAUCCCAGCCUACCCGGGCGCGGGCGACUUUGUGGGCACCCAGCUGCACGCCAAGGACUUCACGGACUACUCGGUCACCCGCGGCCGCCGCGUGCUCAUCGUGGGCGCGGGCAAGACCGCGCUCGACUGCAUGUCGGGCCUGGUGUCGGCCAACACCGCCGCCUCCGUGACCAUGCUGUACCGCAAGUCGCACUGGCCGGUGCCGCGCUCGCUGCUGGGCGUCUCCAUCCGGCGGCUGAUGUUCAACCGGACCAUGGCCAACAUGCUGCCGCCCUACUACACCGCGGGAAAGCUGGAGCGUGCCAGCGCCGUGGUGACCAAGCCGCUGCGGCGCCUGUUCUGGAAGGGGCUGGAGUGCCUCAUCGCGCGCCAGUUCCCCGCCGCCACCAAAAACCAGCCCGCCGUGCCGCUGCCCGGCGACCUCUUCCACGGCGGCCAGAUCCUGGACGACCGAGUGGACCUGCAGCUGGAGGCCGACGGCUGCCGCAUGUUGCGAGGCGAGGUCAACCGCUUCGUGCGCAACGGCGUGAUCCUGCAAGACAACAGCUUCCUGCCCGCGGACGUGGUGUUGUACUGCACCGGGUACGAAAAGACGUACGACUACUUUGACGGCGAGAUGCGGUCGCGGCUGGGGCUGCAGAAGGACGGACUGUACCUCUACCGCAACUGCCUGCCACCGGGCGUGCCGCAGCUGGCCUUUGUGGGCAGCGAGGUGUCGACCUACAACAACAUCCUGAGCAGCGGCCUGCAGGCGCUGUGGCUCGCGCACGUGCUGACCGGGCGCGUCACGCUGCCGCCGCCGCACGCCAUGCACGAGGACGUCCGGGCGCAGCAGCGCUGGCGGCGAGAGGUGAUGCCGCCGCAGCGCACGCGCGGCGCCGUCGUCAUGUUGUACAUGAGCCAGUUCCACGACCAGCUUAUGGCGGACAUGGGGCACAGCCCGCGGCGCAAGGGCGCAAACGUGGUGGCCGAGUGCUUCGGCGUCUACUCGGCCGCGGAUUACGCCCCAGUGGUGGAGGGCUGUGACGGCCCGCUGCUUGCGGCCAUGGCGGAGCAGUGCCGGGCCGCGGAAGCCUUCGCCGCGCACGGCGCGCGGAGCUGCGCACGCGAGCAGGAGCAGGCGUCUCAGCAGCGGCAGCAAGAGCAGUGGCAGCAGCAACAGCGGGAGCAAGAGCAGGCGGAGGCGGCGGCGGCGGCCACGUAUGCGUCGUGGCAGGGCGGCGAGGGGGUUCAGUCGCCGCCGUCCGCCGCCAGCUCGCGCCGCCACCUGCUGCGCCAGCCUUCUGCCGCCGCCGCCGCGGCCGCCGCUCGGGACGCUGAGCUGCUGAGCCCCAGCCGCAGGGGUGGCGGGACCAGGGGCAACACGCCGCCGCGCCCCGUGACGACCCCUGCCUUCGGCGGGCCUGCGGUCCGACCCGCCCGGGCGUCGAGCGCUCGCGUGCGCAACGUGAACAGCCCAGCUGCAGGCGCACUUUACGAUCCGCCGCACCCCUCUACAGUUAGCGGCGCCGCCACCCGCGGCCCCGUCCGGAGUGGCGGCAGCCACAGCGCCUACGCCUACCCCUGCCUGCCGUCGGGGCACCCGAACAUGCACCACCACCAUCCCUACGCCUUCACGCCCAGUAGCAGCAGCGGCCGCGGCUCAUUCGCCCACAGCCGGCCGCCGCUGCUGGGGCUGUCACCGACCAGCCCGUACGGCCACCCGCACCCAGACAGCGCCAGUGGCCGUGUCAGCGUGGGGACCUCAGACAUGGGCACCUCAGGGCCGAGUUUCGCAGACAGCGCUAGCAUACGGACUCGGACCAGCCCUUGGGGCGCUUCAGGUGGGGGCGGUGGCGGCGGCAGCGUACUUUUCGGUGGCGGCGGUGGCGGCGGCGGCGCCGGAACCCUGCCACUAGGUGCGGGAGGCGACGGCGGCAGCAGCGGCUACGGCAGUGCCACGUCCUCAUGCGCGCAGUCGUGCGGCGGCGUGCCGCCAGGUGCGGCCGCGGCGGCCGCCCUGAUGUCGCUGCCUGAGGCGCCGCGGCAGCAGCAGUCCCCACAGCCGGUGCCAUUGGCAGCAGCUGUGACGCCCGGUCAGACCUGGUCAGGUGCGGGCGGGGCGGCGGCGCCCCGCCGCCAGCAGUCGCACAACGCGCAGCAGGCAUACCUGCAGCACCAGCACCAGCAGCACGCACAGUGUGCCGAAGUGCGCGUUAGCGGCGGCGGUGCCGGCGACAGCCUGCCCACCUCGCCGCCAGAGGCAUGGCGUGCGGCGCCGCGCCUGGCGCCGCCGCCGCGGGCAGCGGCUGGCGCGCCUGACCCGCUGCGGCCGCCGCUGCCUGGCGGCGUGCUGUGCUCACAGAGCGCCUCCCGUGGCCAGGCGCAUGGCGUUGCAAUGCGCAGCUGCGAUGACGUCAUGUUGGCACGCAUUGCCGCCGCCGGCGCCUCCACCGGAUCGAGUAGCUUAGGUGCCGGCGGCGCCGGCCCCUUCGGCAAGGUCCCAACGAGCGCCGGCACCGCAACUGCUGCAGGUGUGAGGAGCGGCCCUGCGCCGCCCUCAACCGCCAGCAGCGCCGGCGCGGCGAUGUUUCCGGCGGUGGUGGCGUUUGCUGCGGCGGCCGCCGCAGCUGCUACUGCCUCGGCGAUGGCGGCCGCGGCUGGCGCGCCGGCACCGUGGAUGCAACAGCUGCAGCAACAGCAACCACAGCAGCAGCACCCCAACCAGCGGCACGAGCCAGCGGCUUGGCCCUCAGCGCUUCCGGAGGCCGCUGCGCACGAACCGUACCGGGCGGCUGGGUCUGCUGGGUCCGAGGCGGCCCUCGCCUCGAUCCCGGAGGCAUCCCACGCCGCAGGCCUUCUCAGCCGCGCCGGCCACGGCUGUGCUGGUUCUGCCCCAGCGGCGGCUCCUGCCUCCGCAGCGGCGUUCGCCGCUCCUGCCUCCGCAGCUCCAUACCUGGCGCAGGCUCAGUGCAGUCCGCUGCUGCCGGAGGAGCGCAGGAGAGCGGCGGCCACAGCCGCUGGCGGCGCAGCCACAGGCGGCAGCGCCGGUGCGGUGGACAGCGCUUCCGGGAGUGCGCCGGCGCCGGUAGCAGCACAGGGCCCAGCGGAGGCGCAGGCGCAGCAGAGCGGUGCAUAUGCUGCGGGUGUUGUUGAAGGAGAUGGGGACACGGAGGGCAGUGCUGCGGACACUGCGGCGGGCGGUCCGGCUGCUGGCGGCACCAUUGCGCCGGCCACGCCGCAGCAGGCCGCCGCCACGCAGCGCCUGCCCGGCCCCGACGACAGUGCGGUCCACCAGCAAGCGCAGCGUCAGCACCACCAGUCACAGAUGCGACAACACCAGGACCUGCAGCAACAGCAGCAGCAGCAGCAGCAACAACAGGCGCUGCAGCAACAGCAGCAACAACAGCAACAGCAGCAACAGCAGCCGGGGUCGCCACAUGCUGCCGCUGCGGCAACUCCAACAGCCGCCGGCGCAGGCGAUGGCGUCGAGCCGUCCACGGCCUCUGCGCCCGCCCCGUCGACCGCCGCGUCGUCACACAGCGAGGCACCGAGCCCACACAGCUUCGAGCCGCCGUCCGCAGCCCCGGCUAGGCUGCCGCGUGGGCCAGCCUCAGCAUCAGCCCCGCAGACCAGCCACUACUCACCUGCCGACACAAGCCUGCUGAUGAGCUCCCUGCCGCCGCUGGCCGCACCGCCGCCGGGCUCCUCGGCGCGGGGCAGGGACAGGCGGGGCAGCAGGCACGCGCUGGAGUCCAUGCCAGGUCCAGACGUGGCGACAGCGGCGUCGCUGUCGAUGCUGCCGCUGCCGCCCGUGCUGGAGCGGGAGCAGCCGCCGCAGCUGCAACAGCAGCCGCGGUCGAGGCGGGGCACGCCGAGGCGGCGGCGGUCCACGCUUGCCGCGCUGCCGGCAGACCUUGCGGCUGCCGCGCCGCCGGCGUCGGCCGCGCCGCCCAUGCCCCCUUUCACCGUGUCGGUCGGCCGCGUGCCGCUGCGGCCCUUUGGCGCCAUGGGCCCGUUUCCCACAGCCAACAACAACGGGAACGGCAGCGGCGUCAGCAGCGCCGGCUCUUCAUCUAUGCUGUACGACCGGCGCCGUCUGAGCAGCAGCAGCCUCGGCGGCCUGAUGGUGCUGGGCCCGGGGCCCGCCGCCACCAACAGCGCCGGCACGCCUAGCUACUCGCCAAAGCGGCUGGCGCCGGCAGGCUGGCAUGGUGGCGGAACCGGCGGCUCCUCCGUGGCCCUUCCGCCGUCGCAGCACCGCUGGCGCCGGUCGGCGGGCCGCUUUUCGCUGGACUGGGGCUGCCUGCCGCCGUCGACGGCAGCCGCCGCAGCGGCGUACCUCGCAGCCCUGGCGUCUGGCAGUGCGGGCGGCGUGUCGCGCGCAGCCACGGUGGCGGGUGGGGCGCUGGAGGUGACGGGGAAGGCGGCAGGGGCGGGCGAUGCGACUGCCGCGGCGGAGCAAGCUGGCCAGGCGCCGGGGGCGAGUUAGACGCGCAGGCUGGGAUGGGAUCACGGAAAGCAUAGGGUGGGUUGUGUAUUGAAAUUUGUCCAGGCGCCCUUGAGAGGCGGAGGCACGACCGACGGAACAACAAGUGUUCUCCGGUCACGACGGAAUAGAAAUGCCAAGAAAAGUAGAGCAUUAGAGGACAGCGAGUGCAUGUUGUGUGUUCAUGACACUGGAUUACUGGAGCCAGGGCAUUAAGGCGGCAAACUUGAUCUGGCUUUCAUGUGUACGGUAUGGAGCUGUAAAUGUCCUUGCGUACAGAGCAGUGCAUGACACGAGUGCAGACCCGGCAGGAUUUGUUCACGCGUAACAUGUCGGUGCAUGUUCAGGGUAGGCCUCUGUUGCGUCUAGGCCUGAACCCGUGUGUGUUUGGCAAGUUGGCAAGACAGGCGCGCUGUAUCUUUCAGAGAUGGGACGCGGCGUGGCGCAUACUGCCCGCCGCGUGUGUGUUUUUGUUGUUGGAGAAGGCGAUGUUGUGCAGCAGGCUGAUCAUUGUCCAAAGGUUUUGACAUUGCGGGCCAGUGGCAUUGUCAGGCUGCGGUGCGCGAGCGUGUGGAUGUGGUCAUGUGUAUGUGGGGCUGUGAAAGGACAGAGCGAGUCGGACAGACGUGUUCUUGACCGGUACGUAGCUGUAUGUUUGUACGUCAUGCAUAUGUACCUGCGCUACUAUUUUGAUCGACUGGAGUUGGCGCUGUGUGUUUCAGAUUCGCACUGUUUGCUGGGUUGCAUGGACAUGUGUGGUGUGCACGAGGUGUGCGGCAACACUGACGCACACAGCAGACACGCUGAGGUAUGGCACGUCGAUCUCCUUUGCGAGGGGCUGUAGGCCUUCGGUCCUCACAAGGCACAGGCAACAAUCAUGCAUUAUAUUGGUAAUGCGCACCCCAGUUGCUGGGCGAUGCAGAGUUUCCUCACAACAUUACCGUUUAGCAUUUAAUUCGGAGAAGGAGCCGGGAUUUGAUGAGCACUGGGCGGCGCGGCGCCCAACAGCUGGAGGCGUUCUCUAGGACCCUCGGUGGCGCAUGUCAGUGCGAUGAGAGGCGCCCGGGGCAUCCCUUUCGUAUGAUACAUGUGUGCGUAUGUGAGUGUGACUGCGCUGGCAUGCAGCAGGGCAGGCUACAUAGCAGGGCACUGCGCGCGUGGACAGGGCUUGACUUGGAAAUCGGAAUACCGUAACAAACAUGUGCGCAGCGCGGACUUGCAGCAGCAAGGGCGGAGGCAGGUGCAUUAGGCAAUGCUAGAAUUCCGGUAUUUCUGCGGGAGCAAGGCGGUGCCGGUGCAUGUGUGCCGUGCCGGGGUGUCGGCAUGUAGCAGCGCGGUCCUGGAGGCUGGAGCGUGCGUGUCACUGCGGAGAGCAGCUGCAAGGGGGACACGGCCCUGAGGCAUGGCCCCGAGGGUGGACGGAGAGUAAACGCAUUGCCGCAUGGUUCGCGAUUGCGCCAUGUUAGAGUGAUGUAGCAUGACCGGCGUCGGGGAGGGUUGGAGUUGGGGGCAAGCAAGCGAGGGGCAGCCGGGAUGGCGGUGCCCGGAAUGGCUUGGACUGCCCGGCACUCUGGACUUGGUCAUCACUGGUAUCGCUUUCACGGGCGAUGCUAUGUAGAGCUAGUGAGUUGAACCGGAACUAUGAAUCUACGAGAACGUCAAUGGAGGGGUCUGUGCGCGUUCGGUGGUACAUGGGAGACGAUGUCCGGGGGGGGCCGCAGUCUUGCUAGCAAUAAGAAAUGCUGUCGUGCUGCGGACUAGAACGCUGCCCAAGCCAGUCACAACAGUGUCCAUAGCAGAGUGGGCGAGCAUUAUCGCCUGCGCCACCUGAAUAAAUUCCUAGAAAGAUACGUGGCGACGAAGACAGCGGGUUGGCUGAGACGGCCCGCUACCUGCUGUGCACGUGUGUGUAUAGUGCUCCAGGUUGCAAGUCAGACGUUCCGCCCAACAGUACGUGCUUGCCUCAGAAAAUGUCAAUGGCGUAACUACUCUGUUUAUGUAUUGCUUUUGGCGACGUGGGGCGUGUCAUCAUGCAGCCUGCAAGUGGUGGCUGGCGUGGUCAGGUGUGUGCGUGUGCGUGCGCCCCAGUCGAGGAGGCGCAGCAGCAUGCAGCAUAAUCGAUGCGCACAGUGCGCUAGGGGCCAUGUCAUUCUUGCUGCGCCAGGUGCCAAAUGCCGAGCUUGCACUGAGAUUGAGGCCUGGAUGUGCGCAGAGCCCCAUAAACGAUGCGGCGGCAGUGGCGCUAUGGAAUGCGUGGUUGCAGACGCGCAGUCGUCAGGGACAGGGGUCGCAGCCUCGCAGGGGCGGGGCACGCGGGUGUGCCAUUACCGAUCGCUUGCAUGAGGAGAGGUCGGCAGGACGGCAACUGAGAAGCAAGUAAGGCUUGGCCGGGCAAACAAACAUGGGACAUGGAGCAUGAAGCAGUGCGUGCGCGUCAUUGAGGCGCACCCCGACCGUGCUGUCCCAAGAAAAUUCCGAGCACCACGUGUGGCCGGGCGGCACGUGUGCUGUGUUGCAAGUGUACGGCCUAUGAGUAGAGAAGCAAGAAGCAAGCCGGGCGGAACUUGAUUGCUACCGCGGAGAGCUGUUUGCCGUGGGGCUUUGCUGGGAAUCCAGGAUGUCCCCGUGGCGGCGGUACAACCCCGUGCUACGGUUUGCUGCCCGGCAUGACGCAUACUGUUGUUGCUUGGCGUGGUGGCAGCGGGACCCGGUGCAUGAGAGUACGGUAGACACGGCGACAAGAGCUGGCAAUCGGAAGCGCCUGCAGCACACCGGCUUGUGCGUGCGGUGACGGUAACUGUUACGUUCUGUAGGACGAAUGUGCGCUGUUGAACCU